UUUCCUGUAAUCUUUAGACUUGUACAUGUGAGUGUGAGUGUGUGUACAGUGUGAGAGAGGAGGAUUAGUGGGUCACUUCCUUCCUUCACCUCCCAUUGGGCCAGAGCGGCAGCAGGAAAAAGGAAAGCCCAUGUAAUUACUGCAAAUGGGAAAAGAAAGUGACACACAGAGAGAGCUGAUGGACUCCUAAAGACUGACUGCAACUUUAAGAAGCAGGGCCGUUUUGAAGGGGAAAAAACACAAGUCUGACAGCUUUUAAGGACAAGCUUUAACAUGUAGUCUUAAUCUGCAAAGAAGUGAAACCAACCUGUGAUGAACCUGGACAAACUGUUACGGUCAGACAUGUAUGACUAUCUUCUCUUUGCCAUCUGCUAUGUCUGGAUCUUGCAGACUGGUUUCUGUGAUGAAGAAUGCAGUCAGGGUAUUCUGGCAAGACGUGAAACAUAUAAUGUGCCAGCGGGGGGCAGUCUGUCUCUGUCCUGUGAAGUCCAGCACUGUGGAGACACCUGGACAGGAACCUGGAUGUGGAAGAAUUCAACAUAUGAAGAAUUCAGCACAGUUAAGGAAGGCGAGAGGCAUCGUUUAACCAACGUGACACUCACUGCCAAUAAAACUCGACUGGUUUUGAAACUUCUGAGAGCAGACCCACUAGAUGAAGGUUCCUAUAAGUGUAGUAUUAUAUGGGGCGCAGGCAACACUGAACAGGGACAUUUGACGAACGUGAACAUCACCACAGCUGUCCCCUCUCAGAGGAUCUUCUGGCACAGGGUUUUGAUCUGUGCUGGUGCUUUUCUCUGUUUUCCCAUCUUUGUGGGUUUGGCUCACUGUCUGAGUUCAGAGGUCAAUCAUCAGCUGCUUCCCACGGCACCGCUGUACACAGCUGUAGAGAGAAACCCGCCUGCUUCUGCUCCACAGCCUCCACCUCGACGUCCAGCACCACCGAAACGUAAGACGACCCCAAGCAAAGUUCGCCCCAAACAUCAGAAGAAUACUGAGGUAGUGUAUGCAGACAUUUCCCAAGAUGCACUGAAGCAGCAGGGAGCCAUGAGAGAGCCUGCCCAAUCGACUGUUUACUCAUCUGUCAGAUUUUCCUGACUGCAAGUGAAGCAAAGCUGAGGAUCAAUGAUGUGUUACUUUCUGUUAGAUUCGACUUUGCCACUGACAUCCUCAGGAAACACUGCAUGCGGGUUCUUAUUGUAGGACUGAAUCUCUGAGACAUUCCGACAUUCUUAACCCUGUAAAAAGAGUAAAAAUAAUAUGUAAAUAAGAAUUAAAUAAAUAAAGCUGACGUUUUAUGUUUGUGACAGUGGAUCUUACAAGGUUGAGGCGAAUAAGAUGACAUUUUUAACAAAUACAUAUCAAUAUGAAACAUCCUGGGUUGAUUGCAUAUGUUUUUGUUUUGCAAGUUUUCUGGAAUGUCAUGCUUUGAUAUGCAAAUGAGGUAUUCAAUGCAUAAAAUACCCUUAUUUGCAUUAUAUUCCAAAAUAGAAAUGUGUACAUUGGAUAAAACACCUUCAGAACUUCUGUUUCCUGUCAGAUGUUUUUUUUACAGAGGGGAUUUUUCAGUAUUCAUUUUCUUAUAUCAUUCCAGGCAUGUGAAAAGUAUUGUCAACCGCAAGAAAAAGAAGCACUUUUAUGAUAUUUUUAAAAAUAAAAUGCGCUGUAAAUCAGUUCAUUUAUUGUUAGUUUUGUUUCUGAGGUGGAAAUUUCUGAUUCCUAAUAUGAGAAAAACUUAUUUUGAUGUUCGUCUUUUAUUCUGAUCCUGAUAUAAUCUUGUGUUGUGUGUUGCAGUCAGCACUGUUGUACUUCAUGUGCUUAAAUUCAUGACAUGCAUUGUAGGAAUUCACUUUCAUUUAUUAAUAUGACUCAUACUUCCUCA